UGGAACUAAACUAACCAAUCAAUCCUCUAAAUGGUAAUGAACGAGAAACUAGAGAGUCAACGGUCAGAGCGUUGACCAAAUCUCUCACUCUCACCAGCCCAAAUCUCUCCAACUUCCUCUCUCCCCCUCCGCUCAAAUCUCACCGGAGAUCGUCUCACCGACGAAUCUGAUUCGUCUCCCAACCAGGUGGGAGAAUGGCGACUCCGGUUGAUCCACCAAAUGGGAUAAGGAACCAAGGGAAACAUUACUUCUCAAUGUGGCAAACACUUUUCGAGAUCGAUACCAAAUACGUGCCCAUCAAACCUAUAGGCCGAGGCGCGUACGGUGUAGUCUGCUCUUCUGUUAACAGAGAGAGUAAUGAGAGAGUAGCGAUCAAGAAGAUCCACAAUGUGUUUGAGAAUCGGAUCGAUGCGUUGAGAACACUUAGGGAGCUUAAGCUUCUACGUCAUCUUCGACAUGAGAAUGUGAUUUCUCUUAAAGAUGUGAUGAUGGCUAAUCAUAAGAGAAGCUUUAAAGAUGUGUAUCUUGUUUAUGAGCUCAUGGAUACUGAUCUUCAUCAGAUUAUCAAAUCGUCUCAAGUGUUAAGUAAUGACCAUUGCCAAUACUUCUUGUUCCAGUUGCUUCGAGGGCUCAAGUAUAUUCAUUCAGCCAACAUUCUCCAUCGGGAUCUAAAACCUGGUAACCUCCUUGUGAACGCAAACUGUGACUUAAAGAUAUGUGAUUUUGGGCUAGCGAGGACGAGCAACACUAAAGGUCAGUUCAUGACUGAGUAUGUUGUGACUAGAUGGUACCGAGCACCAGAGCUUCUCCUCUGUUGUGACAACUACGGAACUUCUAUUGAUGUCUGGUCAGUUGGUUGCAUAUUCGCCGAGCUUCUUGGGAGAAAACCUAUAUUCCCUGGAACAGAAUGUCUAAACCAGAUUAAACUCAUCAUUAACAUUUUGGGGAGCCAGAGAGAGGAAGAUCUCGAGUUUAUAGAUAACCCUAAAGCCAAAAGAUACAUAGAAUCACUCCCUUACUCACCAGGGAUAUCAUUCUCACGGCUUUACCCGAAUGCGAACGUUCUAGCCAUCGAUCUGCUUCAGAAAAUGCUCGUUCUUGACCCAUCUAAAAGGAUUAGUGUCACAGAAGCACUUCAACAUCCUUACAUGGCGCCUUUAUAUGACCCUAGUACAAAUCCUCCUGCUCAAGUUCCUAUUGAUCUUGAUGUAGAUGAAGACGAGGAUUUGGGAGCAGAGAUGAUUAGAGAGUUAAUGUGGAAGGAAAUGAUUCAUUAUCAUCCAGAAACUGCAAUGAUGAACCACAGUGAGCUCUCUGAGUUUUGAUGAGAUCAAGUGUUUUACAGGUAAUUUUUCACAGAGAUAUCUUACAACUACUUUUCUUUAUAUCUUUUUCAUGUUUGCUUCUUGAAAUGUUGUUAAUAAUAGUAUCUAAGAAAAGAAGAACAAUGACUUAUAUAAUUAUGUGAUAUGUUUGUGCCAUGGAAGCUUUGUUUUGUUUUUGGUUACAAGCUAAAGUGUCUGUAACGUUUUGUAUAUAAGACUAUAAGUGUGUGUGUCCUUAACACUUCAUACUCUUACCUCUGAUCUUAUUAUUAGUGCUUUCUAUAAA